ACCUACAUCCAUACGAGAACUGAUAAGAGUGACAAUGAAAUCGAAUAUGAAUAAUGGUCGUAGUGAAAAUAACAGAUUCACCUGUUACUUUUGUAACAAAACUAUCGAGAAUGAAACAGAAAUGGGUCAUAAUGCAAUGUGUGGAAGUGUCUUGGAACCAUGUCCCAACAAAUGCGGAUCUUAUAUCCCGAGGAUGACCCUCAAGAAACAUAACAUGGAAUGUGUCAAUAGGACUACCUCAACUAUGCCAAGGGUACCGAGAAUGGACGACAAUAUGAAGAAAUCACAAAAUAUGGCACACAUAACUCAUAAUAGUAAUUCUUUAGGUAAGAAUUCAGGCGCUAAUAAUAACCACAGACUUCAAGAAGAAAUCUACAAGCUCUCUAGGAAAGUGGCUGAUUUGGAAGGAAUAAAUACCCACUCCCAAACCAAAAGUCAGAUAGAGGCAACUAAUUCGAGUCAGUUCCUCGAAAACCUAGAAAAGAGGCUGAUGCACCAAGGCUCAGAUAUUGAAAAACUCAAACAUCAAUCUAAGCUCUCAUUUGAUUGGAAAAAUCAUACCGAAGUUGCAUUGAGCAAUAUCAAACACUCAGUAGCCUCAAUUCAAAAUGAGAUAAGCAACACUAACUCCAUGAUGAUCGGAAUCCAAAAUAAAACAUUGUCAUUAGAUAAGAUGCAAGAACAAAUCAAUUAUUUGAGAGACAAUGUCUUGAAGGAGCAAACCUAUAACAGACAAGUGUAUAUGAAUAUGGAAGAUAAUUUCGAACACCUCAAAACUCAUCUUGCUCAGGAGAAUGCUAUAACUAUAUCAAUACUGAAUGAACUGAGAGAUGCUUCUGAAAAUAUGAAGAAAGAUUUAGAGAUAGACAAGACUACAAUCGGAGACCACAAUACGAAAUUCACCAAUGUCAUUUUCGAUUUGAGAGCUGCGAGUCAGAUUGCAUCAGAAGCAAUUGAGAAAGUAGAAAUCAUAGAAAGAGAUUUUGCUAAAAUACAAAAAGAAAUCAACCAGAUGAAACUUGAUAUGGAAAUUCUGGAGGGAUUAUCUAGUUCCAAUGAAAUAAAUAGUGUACCUGGUAGAUUAUUAUGGAAAAUAACAGAAGUUGAGAAUAAGAUAAUGAAAGCUAGAGAAUUUGGAAGUAUAUUGAAGAGCCCAGUGUUUUCGACUCAUGAAUAUGGUUAUAGAAUAAGGAUACUUUUAUAUUUCAAUGGCCUAAAGAAGUGGAAAGACCGCUAUGCCCUGAUGUGCAUUCAUGUACUCAAGGGUGAGUACGACAUGCUAUUGAGAUGGCCCUGCCAUAUUGAGGCAACUAUAACGAUCAGGAAUUUGGAGAACUCAGACAAGGUGAAACCUUUGUCCAAAUAUGUGAGUGCUAAGAGGCAAACUGGAGGUGAAGAGGAGGAUGAACCUCAGGAGUCCUCCUCAAGUUACAUCUUCGUUCCUCAUUCCGUUCUACUAAAGCCUAACUAUGUACAAAAUGACACAUUAUUCAUUGAUGUAAAUAUACAUAAAAAUGGAAAACUGGAAACGAGUUUAUAGGAUUAUUCAUGUUCCUAAUAUGGUUCCAUGAUCAUUCAAUAAUAAACUUGUGUUAAUUUCUUGUUGAUACUUAUAUUACUUCUGAAUCACGCAUUGAGAUAUCGGAGACAAUAUAAUGAUUGUGGUUCUAAGAAAAAUCUCGAUAUAAUAAAAUCGUGAACUU